AUGUACAGCUACUACGCCUCGCCCAGCCGGACCAACCUGCCAAGCCCGUCUUUCUGGUAUUACCUGAACCUCCUAGAUUUCAUGUCUGCAAUUGAUAAUAUUAACCAGGACCCAGACAUCUUACCCAAUAUCACUCUCGGCUUCCAUUUAUAUGACUCAUGGCUGGAACCCAGGAAGGCUGUACAGAGCGUUCUGAAGAUCUUAUCUGGACCAAAUGGGACAAUUCCUAAUUAUUCAUGUAAAGGACAUGGCAAUCUGGCUGGUGUUAUUGGAGAUCACUAUUCAUCCACUACAAUCCCAAUCGCCCAAAUCCUCGGAUUGUACAGAUACACACAGAUCAGCUAUGGAGCAACUGAUGACUCGUUAAGUGACAGACGCCUUUACCCGCAUGUAUUCAGGACCGUUCAGAAUGAUUAUGUCCAUUAUUUAGCAAUUACCAAACUAGUGAAAUACUUUGGCUGGAAUUGGGUUGGAAUACUUUUUUCAGACAAUGAUACCGGAGAGAAUGAAGUGCAAAUUCUGAAGAGACUUUUGGCUUCCCAGGAGAUUUGUGUGGCUUUUGAAAGAAGAAUCACAGUGAGUUCUGCUACAAUGGAUCAGUGGAGAGACACACUUAGUAAAGUACGAUGUAAAGUUUUAAUACUUUGUGGUUCCUCCACAAGCUAUGCAGUAGAUUACCUUUAUGAAUUCUCUCAGUUCAAUAGAAACAAUAUUCUUAUCCUUCCCCCAGGCUGGACUUCUGGUGAAAUGAAGAUAAUAACUCCUCUCAUACGUUUUAUAACAAGUUUGUCUUUACAGUUUUUUGAUCCACAAAUUCUUAGAGAUGAAAGUCUGUUUGAUGACAAUCUAUUGUCAAGACAUUCACAAACUAAGCAGCUUAUUGAUGAUCUGAUCAUUACAUUUUACAAUAUAACCUCAACUGAAAAUGGAAAAAAUAUUAAUUUCCACAAUGAUACUUUUUUAAGAAAGAGUUUCUUAAGUAUUUUUUUUCCAAAACUUGAAAUACAUAUGUUUUGCCUAGAAUCUGUACGAGUGUAUAUUGCAGUAGAAGCUAUGGCUGAAACUAUAAAUCUUUUCAACAAGUUUAAUCGCAGUCUUAAUAUUAACAGAUUUAAGCAGGGUCGAUUUGAAGAGUUCUUCUGA